GGUCUUGAUAACAGUGGAAACUACAGCUGUGUUUACUCCGUUGGGAAUAAUUCGCUUCCCAAAGUAACCAUGAGGGGAGACAACGUCAUUCAGAUCCUGGUCAUAUCCAAUGUUCUCCCGGCAGAUAUUUCAGUCGCUGGGCCGUCCACCGUCAGCGAAGGAGACCAUGUUGCAUUCAGAUGUACUGUUUCUGACACCCUGCAAACACUCGGUGAAUGUCAACUCAUCCACUCUUACCUAAGGAAGAAUGAGACCAUCCUCCAAGUGCAACCAUUUAACGUCACCCGCAUGGAGGCGACUUUCACCAUCAAAGGUGCCGUCAUGAGGGAUUCAGGCCAUUACAGCUGCGUGGUGCUGCCGUCUAAAUGCAUCCGAGAGCAUGAGAAAACACUCUAUGGAAAUAACGCAGUAUUACUGGAGGUCACAGGUGAAGUAAAUUGGGUCCUCCCAGUGUUUGUCUCUUGUGGAGUGAUAAUCCUGAUGUUAUGGCUGGGUCUGAGUCUGAGUCUGUGGUGGAUCAACAAACGAGCUGGCUACUCAGCUUCAUCUAAUCCAUGUGCGGCGAGUCAGCGGGCUAAUGCAGACAUGGUGGAGGAACAGCAGGUGCAGACAGAGGGAGAGGAUCUGGACACACAAGAGGGAGACUCUUUCAGCAUGGAGGAGGAAGAAGAGUAA